CUGAUUCAUUCUUUUGACCGAGGGAGCACUGUGGUCAUCUGCAGGGACGCGGUUCAGUUUCACUGGAAGGGGACACGCUAGCGAGAAUGGGGCCGGGCCAUGGCGAGGCGGAGACCAGAGAGUGCGCUUACUACAACGCCAACUGGGAGCUGGAGAAGACCAACCAGAGCGGUGUGGAACAGUGCGAGGGGGAGAAGGACAAGAGGCAUCACUGCUACGCCUCCUGGCGCAACAACUCCGGCUUCAUCGAGCUGGUCAAGAAAGGAUGCUGGCUUGAUGACUUCAACUGUUACGACAGAGUGGAGUGCAUCGCCACCGAGGAGAACCCUCAGGUAUUUUUCUGCUGCUGCGAAGGGAAUUACUGUAACGACCGGUUCUUCCACUUCCCUGAGUCUGUGCCAGAAGUUGUAUUUGAGCCGCCACCCCCGACUCCGUCCCUGCUGAACAUCCUGGUGUAUGCUCUGCUCCCCAUCACCGGCCUCUCCAUCAUCAUCCUGCUGUCCUUCUGGAUGUAUCGCCAUCGCAAGCCCCCGUACGGGCACGUGGACAUGACAGAGGACACGAGCCUGCCCAGCCCGUCUCCCCUGGAAGGCCUGAAGCCUCUGCAGCUGCUGGAGAUCAAGGCCAGAGGGCGGUUCGGCUGCGUUUGGAAAGCUCGGUUGAUGAACGACUACGUGGCCGUGAAGAUCUUCCCCGUCCAGGAGCGGGAGUUGAGGGAGGGAAGAAAUGAGUCCUGGUUUGAAAGUGUGGGUGGGGCAGAACUUGUAAAAUGGAUCACCUGGCCUAAUUGCGGCCUACACCAGGACUCUCUUGAAGCCACCUCCUCCCACCCCGCCAUCACGUUGGUUCAGAGCAAUAACAGUGUGACCACUUAG